UUUGCAGAAUGCGAGUUUUUAAGAAAUGUUUUCAGAAAUCCAUCAUCUGGUUCAUUAUCCUAUCCACACUUUUGGUGGUGACUAUGAACAAGGAAUUUAGUUGCAGAACUUGUCCUAAAGGAUUUUUUACAAAUGUUAGUAGUGACCAAUGUGAACACUGUCAGACUGGAACCUAUACCGAAUCAGAAAACUGUCUAUUGAAGUGUCGCAGGUGCAGAAGUAUUUGCAGAGAUAACAAAUUUGAGAGUGUGCCUUGCACUGCCACCUCUAACAGACAGUGCAGUUGUAAAUCAAGCUUUUAUUGCAAGCAGAAGAAUGAGAAAAACUGUGAAGAAUGUGCCCCAUGUGGACAGCAAGGGUACAGCACUGAUCAACACAGACUGAGCCUCGGCACAGUGUCUGAUUAA